AUGCCGUUCUCAAAGUACUUUGAGCCCGCAGGUCCAUCGAGCUCGUCCCAACGUCCGAAUUCAGACUAUGGCUACUACAACGGGGAAGAUGACAAUGGCAGCCAGGCCGUCGCCGGCGUCGACUCUGCGACGUUUUCUGGCUCAGUGCAAUUCCAGAUGCCCCAGUUCAUGCUGGGAGGCCCGCCGACGCUUGCGUACGGAGGCGGCGCCGAGGUUCUUCCAGCGGGGAUGGUGAAUGCGCCCGGGUCGCUCGCGUCGUCCUGGUUCAGCAACAACGGCUUCUAUGUCGAUGAGGAUCCCGCCUCGAGCUCGCAACCAAAGUCGCAAGCCUAUUCAUCGCUGGGCCAUGGCAUGCAACCGCCCCGGCACAGACAGUCAGUCCCGUCCGUGGACACUCGGUCCGUUCUCUUGCCAGAGGACAGGCCACCGCCCGAUUCGUCGCCGCCCAGCCCCAUGCUCAGACCGUCCUAUGACCCCCUUCGCCAGCGCCACCAUUCUUACCCCUCGAGCUCUACUGGCGGCAGCCAGGUACCGCUGGACAUGCGCGCCCCGUUGGCGACGGUCCUGGGGACGACGAUGUUUCCGACGAUUCCUAUCACCUCGUCUUCGGGCAUUGGUCUCCCUCUCUACUCCGCCACAGGCUUCGAUCUUCUCUCGCUCUUGGCCCGUGUAGCACAGCGCCCUAAUCCCACCAUUACCCUCGGACCGGUCGACAUGACAUGCUCGUUUACUGUAGUCGACGUGCGGCGAUACGAUUCUCCGAUCGUGUAUGCGUCCCCGUCCUUCUAUGCCUUGACGGGGUACGACGAGCAUGAAGUCAUCGGCCGCAACUGCCGCUUCCUUCAGGCGCCCGGGGGUCGUCUCGAGAAGGGCGAGGAGCGCAAGUUUACCUCUCCCGAAUCUGUCGCCUACCUCAGGAAAAACCUCGUAGCCAAUAAGGAAUGCCAGACGAGCAUCGUCAACUACCGCAAGGAUGGCAGUGCAUUCAUCAACCUGGUCACUGUCAUUCCGCUCUACGGAGGCGCGAGCAACAGCCCCGAAGAGCGCGACGAGGUGUUCUACCAGGUCGGCUUCCAGGUUGACCUCACGGACCAGCCGAACGCGAUACUACAGAAAGUGAGGGAUGGCACGUAUGUCGUGAAUUACAGCUCCAAUGCUAUCAUACCACCACCUGCUGGGGCUUCGGCCAGACGGAUUAGCGGUACCGCCAUGCACGCCGUCUCGAAGGAGUUCCGGUCCCUGCUCUCGUCGCAGGCCUUCGUCAAUUCCCUGCCAUUGACCCUCGACAGCAACGCUCUCGCUUCCACCGGAGGGCCCGGGGACGGCAAAUCGGAGGUCGACGGCGCGCACCCGUUGAAUCUCGUUCUGCUCGAGGGAACGCCCGACUUCAUCCACGUUCUCUCGCUCAAGGGCUCUUUCCUGUAUGUCGCACCGGCGGUACGCAAGGUGCUCGGGUAUGAGCCUGAAGAGCUCGUAGGGAAGUGUAUUUCGGAGUAUUGCCAUCCGGCGGACGUCGUCCCGCUGAUGCGGGAGCUCAAGGAGUCGUCGACUGGGCAUCCUGGAUCGGCUGCCUCUGAGGGCGCUGGCUCUGCGUCUGGGAUGGGUGUUCCGAAGACCGUCGACCUGCUCUUUCGGGCCCAGGCAAAGUGGGGGAGCUGGGUGUGGGUGGAGUGUCGUGGGCGGUUGCAUGUGGAGCCUGGGAAGGGUCGCAAGGCGAUCGUGCUGAGCGGGAGA